GUCUUGACUUUGUAUGGUUUUAUUUUGAAAGUCAGACCGUUUCUGCCCGUCCGUAAACAAGGAGGCGGAUUAAAGUGCUCAGAGUGACGGAAAGAAAGAUGUCGUUCUGCUCAUUCCGCAGUGGAGAGGUCUAUAAAGACCAUUUUAAACCAGGGAUUUACGUUUGCUCCAAGUGUGACCACCAACUGUUCUCCAGCCGCUCCAAGUACGAACAUUCCUCACCCUGGCCAGCCUUCACAGAGACCAUCCAGGAGGACAGUGUGUCCAAGCGUGAGGAGAGACGUGGAGCUUACAAGGUGCGUUGUGGGAAGUGUGGAAACGGACUGGGCCAUGAGUUUGUGAACGACGGGCCUUCCAAAGGGCUGUCACGCUUCUGAAUAUUCAGCGACUCACUGAAGUUCGUCCCUAAAGAUAAGGUUGAUGGACAGUAAGGUGAGCUGUCGGAGGGAAGUGCUGCAGGACUAGAGGUUUCUCUGCGCUGCUGGAGGUGUGGACAGUCGGUGAAGAGUUCUGGUGUAAAGCCCGGUCCGGGAGAACCAGAACCCUGAUGAAUGUUGACCUCACUGCACAGCAGCGACAGAGGACCAGCUUUAAUAUGCAACCAUCUCAGACUCAGUAACUGCUUUCACCCCACUGAUCACACAAUCAUUUGCUCAUCAGUUUUAUAAAAGUGGGAUAUUUCUUGGUACGAAUAGACUUCUCAUGAUUCUGCAAACUACUGUUUUUCCUGCUUUAAACAACCUUCAUGAAGCAAACAAACAAAUACACUAGAGUGUCACUAACAGAUUUUCCGAUGAUUACUCAGGAUGUUUUUUUAACUCUAUGGCUACAAGCUGCUGUGUUUGAUGUACUUGCAACUGAAAAUAAAGGGCUAUAUAUAUUACUUUCAUGAAAUUAAAACAUACUGAUGACAUAGUGCUUUUGAAAAUUAUAUUUUAAAUGGAUCGCAAUAAUUGAGAUGCAAAGAAAUCUAAUAAAUAUAUUUUAAAUACAAAAA